AUGAAACCUGGAGAAACCAUUUUAGAAAUGAGCACAAGAUUCACUGAUCUGGUGAAUGUUCUCAAAGCACUUGAAAAGGAAUUUACUGAAGAAGAAUUAGUCAAGAAAGUCUUGAGAUCACUACUUAAAUCAUGGGAAACAAAAGUGACAGCGAUUUUUGACACUAAAGGCUUCUUUAAAUUCAUUUAUGAUGAGCUGAUUGGUUCUCUUAUCGCUCAUGAAAUGCUUUAUGAUAAGAAUAAGAGCAAUGUGGUUGAUGAAAAGAAAAAGAAAGGAAUUGCCUUGAAAUCAAACAAAGAGGAUGAGAAAAGGAAUAUUAUAGCUUUUAAGGCUGACUCAAGUGACAGCUCCAAUAGUUCAAGUGAUAAAGAUGAUAUUGCUAUGAUUACAAGAAGAUUCAAGAAAGCAUUCAAAAAGGGAGGUUUGAAAUAUAAGAAGUUUUUAAAGAACUAUUCUCCCAAAAGUGAAACAAGCAAGGAUCAAAGAGAGAUCAAAUGCUUCGAAUGCAAUAAACCUGGCCACAUUAAGCCAAAUUGUCCUAAACUAAAAAAGAAUAAUUCAAAGGACAAGAGCAAGAAAGCAUUUGUUGCUGGUUGGAAGGAUAGUGAAGACUCCUCAAUUGACAAGGAGGUUGCACACAUUUGUCUCAUGGCAAUAAAAGACAACAAACCAGAAAGUUCUCACCAAAAAGAAAGCAAUAAUGAGGUAAAUAAUUCUGAAUCACUUAGUAUUGAAGAAUAUGAAGAUGCAUUUGCCAAAUUGCAUAAAGAAUACAAAGUUUAUAAGAAAAGAUGUUCUUCUUUAAAUAAAGAAAUUGCUUCCUUAAGAUUAGAAAAUAUUUCUAUAAGUAUUGCUAUGCAAGAAAACAAGUUUUAUAAAAAUCAAAUGCUAUUGUUUGAUGAGUUGAAAAAGGAGUUAGAAGAUUCAAAAACUACUUGUGAAAAACUCAUUGAGAAAAACAGAAUGUUGAAAGCUAAGGUGGAAUCAUUGACAAAUGAUUUAGCUAAAUUCACCAAUGGCACACAAAUUCUUGAUACUUUACUUGGUUCUCAAAGAUUUUCAAAUAAAAAAUCUGGUCUUGAUUAUAAUGGAUUUAUGCACUAUGGAAAAUACAAGAAUUUCUUUGUAAAAGCUUCAUCUUCUUCAUUACCAAAUGUUAUUUGUUUCCAUUAUAAUCAAAAUGGUCAUAUGGUUAGUCAUUGUCCCAUAAGAAAAGGUUCUUUAAAGGUGAAAAAGAUUUGGGUAUCUAAAGGAACAGUUUCUAAUGUCUCUAACCCCUAA